CACGCACUCACUGCCGCACUGGACAGUCACGUGACGCGCAAACGGACGUUAUGGAGCUCUCUCGCUGUCAAACUUUAACACGAUUUCACUGUUAGCCUGCAAAAGCGAUGGACGGAAUGGGAUUUUCGACGGUUUCCGAUCUCCAGUGAUAUGUCAGUUGCAUCUAUGUAUCUGUUAUUUUGUAGCUAAAGCCCUGCAUCAUGUCUGUGGAUGGCCCCCGGACGUCUGUUUUCACCUUUCAGUCCGCUGUUCACAGCCAUCACGUUCUCCGCUCGCUGGAGGAGCUGAGACAGAAGGAGCUCUUGUGCGAUGUGACCGUUGAAGUGGAGCGCAGGAGCUUUCGGGCGCACUCUUCAGUGCUGGCUUCCUGCAGCGGCUAUUUUUACACCAGACUGACAAACCACAGUCGAGCGAACCUCACCGUCAGGUUACCAGAUGAGGUCACGGUGGAAGGAUUUGAGCCUCUCCUGCAGUUUGCCUACACUGCAAAACUUCACUUCACCAAAGAAAACAUCCUGGAGAUCCACAGAUGUGCCCAAUUCCUCGGAUUUCAAAACCUCGAUAAAGCCUGCUUUGAGUUCCUCGUCCCAAAGUUAUCUGAUGGCGGUGGAGCCUCCAAAAAAGUGACGAGUAAAAGCAAGAACCAAGCGUCCCAUGACGAAUCACAAGCCAUCUGCAGUCCAAAUGGCCCAAACCCGGAAACUGAUGAAGAUUUUGUACCUCAAGAUGCAAGCGCUGCCAUGCAAGCUGCAUCUGUAACAUCCUCUGCAGAAAGUCCUAAAGAUUGUCCCCCGAUCUCAAAUGACAAAGAAAUGCAGUUAGAUUUGUCCCCGCUUUACACCAGAAGCACUUCAUACCACAUGGAUGAUGGACAGGAUAAGUUUUGCCUGCAGAACUGCGGCCCGCAGUUGCCUUCGUCUUCCUUGGCGGCCGCAGAAGUUUGUCCUUUCCUGUCUAUUCCGAGCACCAGUCACAAUGAGAAACUGCAUUCUUCUGCAGCUGGCUGUGGUGGGGACAUUUUAGCAAUGGAGGACGAAUUCCAGAAGGAACUAGCAGUGGAUAUGCAUUGUGAACCGCCAACUGAUAAAGACCUGAACAUAGCCAGUAUCACCAAGGGCCACUUUGACCAAUGUGAAGGGCCUGUAAUGCCGUCCACCGACUGUACCCAACUAUGUCCUCUGAAUUCUGCGCAGUCAAGCGGGGUUUUGGACGGCAUUUCUGGCACUCCAGAUCUAAGCAACAUUGGCACUGAAGACAACCGGGUGUUUGAUUCCAACGAACAAACGUUCUCUGAACUGACCCACAAAGAUUGCUGCACAGAACGAAGCAUGGAGGAAAGGGAAGUGGCUGAGCAUCUUGCAAAGGGUUUUUGGCCGGAUUUGAGCUCCACGUUAAAUGAGCCGCUACCUUUGGACUCCAUCGACCAGUCAUCUGCAGGAAAUGGCUCAGACUUCCACUGGUUAAAGCAUCUGGAUUUGGGAGCUGCGCCUGAUGAUUGUCCCUUCCUGAGAGACCUGAGCUCCAACGAUACACAGAUGUCUGGAAGGGACACUCUGUCCAAAGAGGACACCGGAGACAGUCCCUGCAUGUCCCCCAUUAACUCAAGGGAAAACUCUGAGUGUGAAUCGGAUGGAGACUGCACGCAGUGCAGUAACAGUGAACAAGUGCAAGAGGUGGAUUUGCCAUUCCCUGUGGAGCAAAUUUCCAGCAUGACCCGGAGAGCAUUCCUGCAGAUGUUAAAACGCGAGGAACUGACCCCAGAACAGCUGGAGUUUGUUCAGGAUGUGAGACGGCGCAGUAAGAACCGCAUGGCUGCACAGCGCUGCCGCAAGAGAAAGUUGGACUGCAUCUACAGGCUGGAGGGAGAAAUCAAGAAACUGAGGAGUGUGAAGGAGAAAUUACUGCAAGAUCACAACCAGCUGAAGCUCAGCAUAGAGGAUGUACGUCAGAGCCUCUCAGGCCUUUGUCAGAGCCUCUGUAUGGACGCCUCGCCACAGUCGGAACAGGUGCAAGCAAUGGCCAGGUACGUCUCCUCCGACUGUCCCACCUCCGUCCUCCUCACCCCCAUGGCCUCUCCUAGCCUGGCUGGCCCAGACCAGGACACCCAUGGGAACUCCUCCCUGGACACCUUUCUUGCAGACACAUAUCCUGAAGGAGACACCGUAGCACUCAGGUUGCCCGCUGCCUUCCUGCAGGACAGCGUUCAGAGCACUGUUACAGAUCCAGCUCCAUGAUGUUCAACAGAGCAAAGCAGCUUGGGAAUGGUCUGAUAUUUCACUUUUACUCAGGAGCUUACCUUUCUGCUUACACUUUUGAGCAUGACUUUCUUAUUAGGAGCACUUUCGUAAUGUUUCCAAGUAUGGACGUUGACUAAAUUUGCACUAUUAAUAGUAGUUUCAUAUGGAAAUGCUAUGUUGAUGCAUACGGAUAUUUUCCUUUUUUUUAUUCCUUGUUUAACUGUUGCGCCAUAGAGGUCAUUCCUGUUAUGUCACACAUUUUGAACUCUGAAACUUAAAAAAAAAAAAAAAAAAACUACGAACAUGCUUGUGUUGUAAUUAAGUAUUUCAGAAAUAUGUUCUGCUAAGCUCCGGCUCUUAAAGUGUUAAUUACAUAAUUGUAAAUAAUUGUUUAAUUACAGACUGAUAGUUAGCUCGUUAUUUUUGAUAUUUUUAACCAUGUUUUGAUAUGUUGGUUCUAUCAUACCCAUUUUCUUUUUAUAAAUCUUGUCCAACAGGGAUGAAUAUUUUAAAGACAAACUAAUAGCACAAGACAUCAAAUAAUUAUUUUUUUAUUUAUUUUUUUUUUUUAUUAAUUGCUAAUACUUUAACAUGUAUAUGAUGAUGUGUGAUUUCCUACCAAAAAUGUCACUCUCUGGACAGUCGUGUCAUUCAGGAACUGGCUUUUGUUACUUUAAGGGAUUUUUCAGCAGAUUAACAGUGUGGGAAGUAAUAGUGAAGACAAAGGAAAUCGCUAUUAAAAGAUUAACAAUGAAAACUAUGUAACGAAGUUUGGUUGAAAUAUUUUGAUAGCAUUUGGAAUAUUUCUUAAUAAAUUGACUUUUUAUGCUUUUUAGUGCAUUAAUUGUAAUAUUGUCAUGAAAGAAAACUAAUAUGACUUUAAUUUGCAGCAAUUGUCAAUUUUAUAUUUUUAUUCAAAUAUAGAUUUGUGAAAAUGUAAAACAUAACAGGAAUGACCCUUGGAUUAAUUUCCAGUCCUAGCAUUAACGUCAUGUAAACUGCCACGAAGGACAAUCAUUGUAACUCUUUAUUAUGUCAAGGGAUGAUUUUGUUAUGCUAUGUAGAUCAUAUGAAGAAGUACAUUCCAGUGUAGCCUAAUACGUCUUUGCAUUACCGGCAUGAAAACUGUGCAUUGAAUAUGCAUCCGUCUUUUUUUUUUUAAAGGGGUCAUAUGAUGCUUUUUUAGCCACGAAUGGUUAAGACAGCUGACUCCACUGUGUGACCCUGUCUCUCUCUCUCUCUCUCUCUCUCUCUCUGUCUCUCACACACAUACACACACGACGCGACACGACACGCAAAAGUCAGCAUUUGAACAUUCAAUAGCAACUACUGAAACAAAUAACAAAACAUACUUCCAGUGGCUGAUUCAGAGACAUCAGAUUGUCAUAGCAAUGUCAGAAUGACCUCCAAGGUUCACGAAACAGUCGUCCAUAAAAUGCAUUGCUUUUCUGUUGUAAGUAAUCUUAAAGGUUCCUAAAUACAUCUACUUUCGGAAGGCCAAAUAAAGUGCUAGCUUCACACAGCAUCUCCCAGACUUAGCUGCUUCAACACAAACUGUGGUUAAUGAAACCAUGCCUUCUUUCUUUGCGUGAACAUUUGGGCCGCAUUACACACAUAUUUCCACAUAAUGACAUAGAUAUGUGGGGGUGUGUUUGAAUGAGCAGUUUUAGGGGGGCGUGGCAGAUUCUUAACUUUGAUAAAGAAUAUCUCUUUGGAUUUGAGACUUUAGUCUUUGCAACUUUACAGAUCUUCUUCAUGCACCAAGAGCUUGGAGAGCACUCCAAAGAGAGAAAAAAUACAUUGAAAUCGCAUCAUAUGACCCCUUGAAGUAUUAAUAUAUGCAUAGGUCAUAGUUAUAGUGACAUUUAAAUAACUGCCAAGUAAGAUUUCAUGUAGUGUUAGGCGAUAUGGUCAUUUUUCUAAUCUUCUUAUCAUGUAUAUCAUUAUGAAAAAUACUUAGAAUCCAUAGGCUUUCUAAGGUAAAACAAAAAAUCAAAUGUGAACAUUUAGAUACUGUUCACUUUUUGCUUGCGAAUGUGGAAUGUAUUUGGAAAAAGAUCAAUUUCAAGGUCAACAUAAAUCAGAAUUGACCUUAUUUCCAUUCUUAAAACAUGUUUCUGGUCUUAUUGUGCAUGAUUCUUCAUUACACUUUAUUACAAUGAAAUGUUGUCUAGUAUUAUUUCAUCAAAAUGUAAUGUAAAAUGUAAUCUUCCGAAAUGACUUUCCUUUUCAACUGAUGUCAUCAAGGCCAUGCAGUCUGUUGGCUAUUGGAACACAAAUAGAGAUUAAGGCAUUAUUUUAUUUUAACUCUUGUUGUGGUACUUUUCAUUAGUUUCUAACCUACUUUUUUCUAGCAAAAUAGCUCAGAAAAUACAUCAUAUUAUGGAAGUAAAAUGGGCUGCAAAUGCUUAGAGAAACUAAUGUUUAUUCCAGUACAAUUUUCAUAGCAUCAAUGUAACAUCAAUGGACUGUUCUUUUCUUACCUUUUCCUGCCUUUUGUUGUUGUUGUUGUUUUUGUUUUGUUUUAACCCUGUAACCAAAAUACUGUCAUGUAGACAUAGAAUGCACUGUAUAAUUCACUAUUGGAUUCAGAUUUAACAAAUAGUAGCAAAUAAAAUGUCAAUAUAUA